AUGCGGUGUUUGAAUACCAGUAUCCCAAUAUAUAUACUUGUGUUGAAGCAGAUGGAGAAGAAGACCGGGAUGGCCAAGCUUUGGGCGCUUUUUCUUGUGGUUUUGGUCCUCGCGGGGAGCGCGCAGGCGGCGGCCGACCGGAACGUGAGCCGUGGUGGUAUGAGGCGGCUUGCCGGGGCGCCGGGCGUACCAGUGCCUAUCACCGUCCUCACGUCCGCCGUCGCCAUCGGAGCAGUGUGCAUGGAUGGGACGCCGCCGGCUUACCACAUGGAUUGGGGCUUCGGUGCAGGGAGGAACCGUUGGAUCGUCCACCUAGAGGGAGGCUCAUGGUGCGAGAGCGUGGGGUCGUGCCUGUACCGCAAGGCGAGCCGCCUCGGCUCGUCGAAUCUCAUGAACAGGCAGAUGUACUUCGGCGGCAUCUUGAGCUCCAGCCCCGCCGAGAAUCCUGAUUUCUUCAGCUGGAACCGGGUGAUGAUCCGCUACUGCGACGGCGCGUCUUUCGCCGGCGAAGGCUACGACGCGCGCUCGGGGCUCUUUUUCCGGGGCCAGCGCAUAUGGAACGCCGUCAUCCAGCACCUCCUCUCCAUGGGGAUGUCCUCCGCGGAUCACGUGCUGCUGACGGGGAGCUCCGCCGGGGCCCUGGCGGUGGUGCUGCACUGCGACCAGUUCGGCGGCUUCUUCGCCGGCCGGGGCACCACCGUCAAGUGCCUCGCCGACGCAGGAUUCUUCCUCGACGCCGUCAACGUCGCCGGGUGGCGUACCUUGAGAUCCUACUUCGGAGGCGUCGUGGCCACGCAUGGGGUGGCUCAGAACCUGCCCAGGAGUUGCACCAGUCAUCUCGACGCCACCUCGUGCUUCUUCCCGCAGAAUGUAAUCGGCGGCAUAAAUACCCCGAUCUUCCUGCUGAAUGCAGCCUACGAUACCUGGCAGAUCCGGGAGAGCCUGGCCCCGGACGUAGCCGACCCCGGCGGCGCCUGGCGAGCCUGCAAGUCCAGUCGUUUUGCCUGCAACGCAUUCCAGAUGAACAUCUUGCAAGCUUUCAGGAACCAAAUGGUGGGCACCGUGCUAAGCGUCUCCCGUUCCAGGAGCAACGGGUUCUUCAUAAACUCGUGCUUCACUCACGGCCAGUCAGAGUAUGCAACUUGGAAUGCGUAUGGCUCUCCUAAACUUCUGAACAAGGCGAUCUGGAAAUCGGUGGGUGACUGGUACUUCGGCCGGGCUGAAGUGAGGGCCAUCGACUGCGCCUACCCCUGCGACUACUCAUGCCAUCACGACAUGUGA